UCUCUCGAACAAAUACAGACUGGGCAUUCCCUUGCCGAUACACUCACCAUACUCUUCGAACAUUCCCCAAUCCUCAUCUCAAAUCUUUGUCCCCAGCUUACCGGGAUCCUGCCCACGCUCCCACCACUGCGUUCGUACUCCCAGCUCAUCGAUAUCUCGCUCAGCCAAGUAGGCACCUGGGAACAUGAUAUGAAGGCACAGUUUAUUGCAGGGCAUCCCAGAAUCGGAGAGAGCAAGAAUAUCUCCAAGCUCAGUGCCAAUGAACAAGGAGCGACGUCGACAACUGCGGCUACACCGCCAGAGGUUCUGGCACGGUUAGCGCACUUGAAUGCAUGCUAUGAGAAGAAAUAUCCCGGUCUGAUAUACAUCACAUUUGUCAAUGGAAGAACGAGGGCAGCUAUUGCAGAGGAAAUGGAGGACAAGUUGGGCAUCGGGCAUUCUUUAUCACUCGACGAUCCAGUACUUGUCGAUAUCGAACCCGUUACGGUAGGGAGCCCUAGUUGGAUUUCAGAGCUUGACAGAGCAGUGGUGGAUAUUGGUCUCAUCGCGAAGAGCAGACUAGGUGCAUUGGGGGUAGAAUGA